CAUGAACACAGGCGUGGAUGACAGUAGAUGAUAAAUGCAAUUUUGUACUGGUUCAUACAAUCAAUUUUGAUAGAUCAUGGAAGAAGCACCGUACAAAUUAAGUUGCGUGUUAGUUGGUCACAGUUCUGAUGUGCGAGCUGUAGCGGCAUUCAAGGAUGGAAGUCUGGUGUCAACCUCGCGCGAUAAAACCGCUCGCCUUUGGAAGCCGAAUGAAUUAAAUUCCGGAUACACGGAAUCCGCAGUUCUAAAGGGUCACAGCAACUUUGUGAGUUCAGUAUGUGUAAUAAAUCCCUCUGAACGUUUUCCGGAUGGCUUCAUAAUAACCGGCAGCAAUGACAACAAUAUCUGCAUUUAUCUGCCUGGGGAAGAGAAUCCGCUGCACACAAUAAAGGCACACCAGAACACGGUGUGUAAUUUGAGUGCAGGUAAGGAGGAAGGAACAUUCCUCUCCAGUUCAUGGGAUCUGACAGCAAAAUUAUGGCAUAUCGACAAGCCGGAUUCACCUCAACUGACGCUGACCAGUCACACAGCAGCCAUUUGGUGCGUGGCAGAUUUGGCCAAUGGUGUCAUAGUCUCGGGAUCGGCUGACAAGCUGGUUAUAGCCUGGCGGAGAAAUGGCACCAUACUCCACAAGUUGUCAGGGCACACGGAUUGCGUUCGUGGAUUAUGCGUGAUCAAAGAUGAAGAGUUUUUAAGCUGUGCCAAUGACGCUACCAUUAGACAUUGGAAUGUAUCCCAAGGGUCUUGCCUUGGAACUUACUGUGGGCAUACAAACUACGUGUAUGGAAUAGCUUCGACGUUUCUGUUGGGCGGUUCACAUGUCGUUACCUGCGGAGAAGAUAGGACUGUUAGGAUUUGGCACAACGCCGAAAUCCAGCAGACUUUGACACUUCCUGCGCAGUCCAUUUGGUCAGUUGACAUUUUGCCAAACGGAGACAUUGUUACUGGAUCUUCCGAUGGAGUAGUCACAAUUUUUUCUGCCAAACCUGAACGUUAUGCUGAUGCCGCAACUUUACAACAGUACGACGAGGCUGUCGCUAAUACCAAGCUGAAUGCUGAGCAGGAGUUGGGUGGCAUCAAGAUUAGUGAUCUGCCAGAUGCCAAUGCUCUACAUCAACCUGGACAAAGAGAUGGUCAGACAAAAAUGAUUAGAGAUGGAAAUACUGUCAAGGCUUACAGCUGGUCGCAAUCAAGCAAACAGUGGCAACAUGUGGGAGAUGUAAUGGGUGCCUCUGGUGGUAGUCCAGCUACAUCUGGUAAACAAUUAUAUAAUGGUAUGGAAUACGACUACGUUUUCUCAGUCGACAUUCAAGAUGGUGUUCCACCUCUAAAGUUGCCUUACAAUAAUGGAGAUGAUCCUUGGCGUGCGGCCCAAAAGUUUAUCCACGAUAAUAACCUUAGUCAGCUAUUUCUUGAACAGGUGGCAAACUUCAUUGUAAAAAAUUCUCAAUCUGCCCCAGUUCUAAACGCCGAACCCCAGUUCGCUGAUCCUUUUACAGGGGGAAAUAGGUACAUACCAGGAUCUGGAGCUCCUGGAAGAAUAUCCACCAAUAAUGUGCCAACACCUUCGGCUAGCUCUUCCAGUAGCUCUGUGUCGCAGUCAUACAUACCGCAUACUACGUAUUUAAAAUUGGAGCAAGCCAAUGUUCCAGCUAUCACCGAAAAAUUACUAGAGUUCAACAAAAAAAUAGAAAAUGGCAUUCACACAGUUGCAGAGGAAUGUUUAGACCCAUUUGUAAAACAAUUGUGCAGCCAAAACGAAGGCGAGGUUGGAGCUGAUCCAAUUGAAAUGUUGAAAACACUUUUGGAUUGGCCAAAUACCUUGGUGUUCCCGGCACUGGAUGUUGCCCGGCUGGCCGUACUUCGAUCAGAUGUAAACUUCCAGCUAUGCAAUGACGGAUUAUUGGCCGCCCUGAGACGGCACAUUAAAGCUGAUGCACUCCCAGCUAAUCAAAUGCUCGCUUUUCGAGUACUAGCUAAUAUGUUCUGUCAUAGUAAGGGUGAAGCAUUGGGUCUACAUUAUAGAGACGAGUUACUCAAGACUAUACUCGACCUUUCGUCUCUUGGAAAUAAAAAUAACCAGAUUGCGAUAACGAGUUACCUGCUUAAUUUAAUAGUGGCAUUGAAUAAACUUGACGAUACACCUGGCAGAACAACGGUACUUAAUGUAAUGUUUGCCGUACUGCCACUUCUGACCGAGCCCGAAGCGAUAUUCAGAGGGCUCGUUGGGCUGGGUACAAUUUUGGCAGCAACACCAGACCCCGAGGAUCGUGAUAAACUAAUUGGAGCUGUACGACAAUGCGAAAGUACACUGACUGUUAUCAAGACAAUGUCCGAAAGUUCGACCAAUAGCCCUGCACAAAGUAAACUCGCUAAUUGUUCCAAGCAAAUUAUUGAUCUAAUUAUGUAAAGAAUUCUUACUGUCAAACUUUCGUAUUUUUAAUACCGAAGAAAAAAAUGUUUAUUCAGCCAUUCGUAUUUCUCAAAAACUCGCGAUCACUUUAUAAUUAGUUAUGAGAGACCUAGUUACUCGAAUAGUCUCCAUUAAAUUCUUAGGCAAUCAAUGCAUAGCUUCUCGAAAUGAUUUGGUUCCCAUUCGUGGAAUUGGGACGAUUUCUUGUUCACGCGAAAUCUACAUCAAUUAUGUAAUAUUCAUUUAUCUUUGCAUUUUUGCAUUACUUCCUGAAUCGCGGUGUGAAUAUUGAUUAAUUACAUCGAUUAUUUGUACAGAGUGUAGUAGAAUGCGCUACGUGUUACCCAAUAAAAUUAGCAUCAUUUUGAAUAAAAGCAGUUUUUAAAUUUAUCAAGAGCACUUGUAAAUGAAAGAGGCGAAAAAUUAUUUAAUGAUUGUCCUACAUCUUUAGCACUGCUGGGAAAAGUCUUACGUCUGUGUUGUGGUAACAAAUUUGGCAACAACUACAACCUUUCAUACAGACAUCUCGCGUUCGUUGUUUUUUUUUCCUUUUCUUUUCUUUUCUUGCUUUCCUCUCUUCAAGCGAGCAACCAACCAUGGAGAGUAAUUUUUAAUUCUUCAAUGAACUUUACUCCCUAUUUAAUGUGUUGAAUUCAAUGCAGAUCACAAUUUUUUUGUCAAGUAAAUUAUCCAACAUUGUCAGCAUUGUAAGCUUCAAUGUUUGUCCUAUUUCCAGCUAGUGAAAUUCGUAUAAAAUGUCGAAUAGUUUAACGGGGAAAUUUGGAGUAACAGACAAAUUGAUCAAAUAUAAUAGUGACAGUGAUAAAACAAAAGUCGCACAUCAGGUAAGAUAAGUUGUAUAUCUAAAUAAAAAUGAGUUCAAAUAUGUACAACGACGAAUAUAAAAUAAUAAUUUAUGUAAUAUACAUAUUUGAUUUAAUUCUUCGGACGUUUAAUCCAUUAAACAUACAACAGACAACAGUGUAGUAGUAGAAUAUUGUUAUUAUAGUAACGUCAAAUAUAUAUUUCCUUAACAGAUAAACGAUCGGUCUUGAGUGAUCAAGAGCCAGUUCAUCUUAACUUUGUAAUUAGUUACAU